AUGACCAUUCCAGUUAUCUUUGCUCCCGAGAAUUUUCUUGCACUCAAUAUCGCGGAGGGCCCAGCGACCACUCCACGAGAUUAUAGACCGCUCCUUUCAGACCAUGUGCGAGAAGAAGUAGGAUUUUUCCUCUGUGGAAAUCGUUGUGUUCAGUUGAGAAUAAAGAAAAACCACGUUCGCAGCCAAAGGACCUGCAUCACCAACGAACUAGCAGAAAAACUCCAGUUGCCAAUCACAGGAUCAGAAACACUAACAGUGUAUACAUUCAGUGUAUCAAAACCCAGAGAGUUUCACACUCCUAUCACUGAACUGCGGCUUUUAACAACGGGUGGAUCAUCUCUGCAUUUAAGAGUCAAUGUUGUACCCACGAUAACCGGUAACCUACAACGAACGUAUUUCAACCCACAGAAAUUCAGUCACCUACUGAAGGAUACCCCCCUUGCCGACUCAGUACCCUCAACUACAGAAACUGCCAACAUAGAACUGUUGCUAGGAAAUGAUUAUUACUGUGAUAUUUUCUCUGGUGACAUUGCCAUGAAAGCAGUCAGUCCAGGAAUAAACCUCACGGAAUCCAAGUUGGGAUGGAUCCUAACAGGCAGAGUGAAGUGUCGUGAUGACAAACCAGACAGCUCCAUCUCAAUGCUGACCUACACGUCCAGUCCUAUCAGUGUACAUCUGUGUGCUCGGUCUGAUGACAAGCAGCCAUUAGCUGCACAAAAGACACAACUUGAAGAGUUUUGGAAGCUUGAAACCCUGGGGAUCAGAGAGCCUGUACAAGAAAAUGAAGAUGACAAAGCUUUACAAAUAUUCAACGAAACAAUCCACUUUGAAGACGGAGGGUACCAAGUAACCUGGCCUUGGAAAGAAGAAUCUCCACCAUUACCAACCAAUUAUGAACUGGCAAUGGGAAGAUUGAGAUCCCAAGUCAAUAGACCGUCACGAAAUGACAAACAUCUCCAGAAAUAA